CAAAACUACUUUAGAUUUCUCUACGUCAAGAGCUUCUUUUAUCAUUUGAGAUUUCUCCCCAAGAGAAAAGAAGACAAAAUUCAUCCUUCGGUUCAGAAUCAAACCGCGCUCCGCCUCCUCCUUUCUUUACCGAUCUGCUACUUCUCAGCACCCCUAUGCUCAUCACCACGACGCCGUCGACCCCACCGUCACCGUCCAUUGAGCCCACGCCGUCACCUUCCAGUCCGUCAAGUCCCACGCCGUCGAGUCUCCACGAAGGAUUAGUGACUUACUAGGAAAGGGUUCACCUUUUCCGCCAUUACGAAACAUGAGAAGCCUCGGAAAAUUAGAUCUCAGCUUUAACAGAUUGGAAGGAAGAAUUCCAGAUUUCAGAGUUCUAACAAGCUUGGACACCAUAUAUACUCCCAGUUGGAGCAAUGGAUUGCAGAGUCUCGACCAUUACCUUGUGUCCCAUCCCAUUGGAGAGAAAUUUUACAAUAAAUGGAAGGUUAACUUUGGUGGUGCAUUUAAGUACUAGGAGAAGGCAACCCAAGUACAUUCGUUAUCCACGGCGCACAAAGAGUCCUCCGGACUUUGGUGCCAAUUUAUUCUUAAAGAAGACAGGCAUGAGCUCCAUAGACCCAUCACUAACCGAUUUGAUAGAUAAUAAAAAAUCUCAUUUAGCUGAUGAAGAAGAAGAAGAAGAAGAAGAAGACAAAGAAGAACAAGAACAGGACGAUACUGAAGGAGGAGGAGGAGGAGAUAAUGGUGUUGUUUGGGAUUCAGAUGAGAUUGAAGCGAUCUCGUCCCUUUUCCAAGGGAGAGUCCCUCAGAAACCUGGAAAGUUGAGUAGAGAAAGGCCGCUACCACUACCUCUUCCCUACAAGCUCCGACCUUUGGGGCUUCCUACACCAAAGAAACAUGUUAAAUCAACUUCUCCAACGGCAGUUUCUUAUCGUGCUUCCCUAUCAAAACAAGUGUACAAGAACCCCAGAGUCCUUAUUGCUAUAGCCAAAGAGAUCAGAAGCUUGAGUUCAGAGGAAGAUGUGUCGGUAAUUCUCAACAAGUGGGCUAGGUUUCUGAGGAAGGGAUCCCUGUCGUUGACAAUUCGGGAAUUGGGUCACAUGGGUCUUCCUGAUAGAGCUCUACAGAUAUUCUGUUGGGCUCAGAAACAACCUCAACUUUUUCCUGAUGAUAGGAUUUUAGCUUCGACAGUCGAAGUCCUGGCAAGGAACCGUGCGCUUAAAGUGCCAUUGGACUUGGAAAAGUUUACUGGUUUGGCAAGCCGCGGUGUGAUUGAAGCAAUGGUGAGAGGGUUCAUAAGAGGAGGAAGCUUGCAUCUUGCCUGGAAGCUUCUACAGGUUGCCAAGGAUGGUAAAAGAAUGUUGGAUCCCAGCCUUUAUGCAAAGUUAAUAUUGGAGCUUGGGAAGAACCCAGAUAAACAUAUGCUUGUUGUAGCCUUACUAGAUGAUCUUGGAGAGAGAGAAGAUUUGAAUUUAAGCCAGCAAGACUGUACAGCUAUCAUGAAAAUCUGCAUUAGGCUUGGCAAAUUUGACAUUGUGGAGAGUCUGUUUAAUUGGUUCAAACAAUCUGGGCGUAAGCCAAGUGUGGUAAUGUACACUACUCUGAUUCAUAGCCGCUAUUCUGAGAAGAAAUACAGGGAGGCAUUGGCUGUGGUCUGGGAAAUGGAGACUUCUAAUUGCCUCUUUGAUCUUCCAGCUUAUCGUGUGGUAAUAAAGGUUUUGGUUGCUCUGAAUGAUCUCUCAAGGGCUGCAAGAUAUUUUUCAAAGCUUAAAGAAGCAGGUUUCUCUCCAACUUAUGACAUAUACCGUGACUUGAUUAGAAUCUACAUGGUUUCUGGGAGGCGGGCCAAGUUUAAGGAGGUCUGUAAGGAUGCAGAGAUAGCAGGUUUCAAGUUGGAUAAAGAAACAACUUCACAGUUGUUGCAGUUUGAAAUAGAAAAAAGGUUCAGUAUGUAGAAUUACCAUGACUUUUAGUGUAAAUGUUGGUUCUCCUUUUUCUUUUAA